AUGGGGCACAUGGAAGAUGCACUUGGAGAAUCGAUGAUAAUCAGGAGCACUAUAAGUCCGUCACUGAAAUAUGGCCUUCAGUUCCUCGGCAUGUGGCCGGACAUGACAUAUGGCAUCGUUAAUCGGCUCCUCUUCAUGUUGAGCAUAUUGAUCAUGCAAUUUUUUCAAUAUCACUACGUUUUCGCGCACUUCAAGUUUAACGAGAUGCAGAAUCUUGUAGAUAGCUUGACGGCAACCUUAGAUUAUAGUUUGACGAUCGUGAAGUUAACAAUGCUUUGGAAAAAUCGUCGCGUAGUCCGCGAAAUACUAGUCGCUAUGGACACUGAUUGGCGUGAAUGCAUCAGCGUCGAUCGAUAUUUACAAGUGAUGACGUCGAAAGCCAACAUUUCGUAUUUUUGCUCGAAUGCUAUGCUGGGCUUGAACACGAUCGCUGCUAUACUCUAUCUUCUGAGCGAUUACGCGCUUAAUAAGGACAAAAGCGACAAUAUCACUUCACGAUCAUUUCCCAUCAAGCUAACUUUCCCCUUUGAAGCCGAAGAAUCGCCGGCCUAUGAACUGUUGGUUCUCACCUUGUUUCUGCAUGGCAUAUUAAAUGUGUUCACAGUCACUAUUGUGAACGCGCUAAUUUUUACUCUGGUUCUCCAUGCAAGCGGGCAAAUUGAUAUUAUAUGUGAAGAGUUCAAAACCUUAUCUGAAGAGAAAACACCCUAUAACGGAAAUUUUGAGCAUUCAAUUGGAACGUUGAUUGAGAGGCAUAAUAAAGUCAUAUUGUUUUCCAAAAAUCUUGAUAAACUUCUUUCUUUUAUGGCUUUAAUGCAAGUGUUUUGGAAUACAUUAAUCAUUUGUAGUUUAGAAAUCUUCUUCAUGAUAUCUUUUCAUAAUGAACCUGGUUUCGGUUUGGUGAAAAUUGUAUUUGCUUAUGGUGGUAUAACAAUAGAAAUUUUUAUUUUUUGCUUUGCCGGAGAAUAUCUUAGACUUAAGAGUAAGUCACUCGCCGAUGCAGCGUACGAAUCUUUAUGGUACAACAUGUCGCCUACGAAUGGUAAAAAUAUAUUAUUCAUAAUUAUGAGAUCACAGAAACAAUUAAGCCUUACGGCGGGAGGAAUGGCGAAUUUAUCGUUAGAAGCCUUCGCGAGUAUCAUGAAAGCGUCGGCUUCAUAUGUGUCCGUCUUGAAUGCAAUGUAUUGA